GCAGUCUUUUCUUAUUGACAAUGAAAAACGAAAUAUCCUUGUGAGUGGUAUCUUGACUCUUAAAGUCUUAAUUGGCAUUUUGUAUUUUGAUGCUUGUGCAAGUCGUUAUGAUUUCGGUGCUGUACUGCCAUAUAGCAUAUCAUGUCUGAUACAUCUCACAUAAAGAAGAUAAACACAGGAAGGAAUAAUUUCAGGUAUCCUGGUCUCAGGCUAUGGGGUUGAUUAAGUAACCUGAUCCUGUGAUCUGUAAAUCUGAUUUGAAUUGUCACAUUUUAGACCGAUUUGUCUUCCUAGCUCCAGAAAAUAUCUACUGAUAGAAAGUUCAAGACUCCCUUUUGUCUGAUUACUCCUUUAUCCACUUCACUUGUUUUUUUUUUUAAUUCAACCCUGCUGUUCUAUUGGCAUCAUGGUAUGCCAGACCAAAACUUUUGCUUGAUAGCAAGGUAAGAGCUAAUGCAGUGUACACCAGUAGGUUAGCUCUAGUCCUGGUUUAGUAGCUAGUUGGACCAUCAAAAUUUGUAUAAUUGUAAAUAGAUAUAAAUCUCCCGUGUGUGUUUUCCCGAAUCAGUUGGAUAUUUUUUGUGGGAUGAUGACCAUUGGGGAAGACUGGUUGCAAGCUGUGUUGCUAUUUUCCUAUCUCUAGUUCAGAUUCCGGAAGUCCUCAAGGCACUGAUUUCGAAGAGCAACGGAAGGCUCACUAUGAUGAAUUCCGCAAGAUGAAGGAACUGCGUCGGAGGGGAACGCCGUCACAAGAGGGUGAUGAAUGAUGACUCUGGCACCGUCGCACAACUCGGAAGCAUAUGAUCAGCGAAUCCUCGGCAUGUUAAAUAUUGGCAGUGGCAGGAAUGUUUUACAGAUAUCCUACUAAACCUUAAAAAGCUCAUGUGACUAUCUGUUCUCUUGCUUAAUUAUUAGUACUGGUCCUAGGACAGUACCAGGUAAAAUUUUGGCUCUUAUUAUGGAGGUAAGAAAAUCUGUAUCGAUCUUGUACUCAAAACUUAUGCUCUUGUUCAUGCUGUUGAUUACAAAGUUCGCAAAUGUGACACUCUCUGUGGUAAUCUGGUGUGUAAUUUGUGCAAAUUCUAAGCAAAUGCAAAUUGCUGGGAAUAUUAUCUAUUUAUUUUCGGCGCACUUUGCUGGGCAUCGUUCAGAAAUGCCAACGUCCCACUCUGUGUGCGAGGUAGCAAAAUUUGCAUUCAGCACCCGCAGUUUCUGCAUAUUGUCAUAACCCCCCUAUCUGGACACGGUCACACGAAAAUUGGAGUUAUUAGAGGGGUUUAUCUGCAAAAGGAACAGGAUAAACCUGGCCACUCCCGUUACUCUCGUCGUCGACCUCCUCCCGCUGCUCCCGUUGCGGCGGUCGCCGUCGCCGCCGACGAUGACGAGCUUGGAGGCGGCCGCACGCCCGAGCAGCCGCCGCGUGGCACCGUGCGACCCGCGGGGACGCCCUCGGCUUCCGCCAUGGCGGCUCAUCCUUUCCCCCUCCCCUUCCUCCCGCAGGCUUUGCACUCUAAUUUCUAGACAACUUCCCAUUUGCAAUGCACAAUCAUAUACGGAUAAUCUGUGGUUAGCCAGUGGUAAUGCUCAAAGCUCCGCUGCUGUUCGGUCAAGGUUGCUUGCUGCAGAAAGAGAGGAAGCAAAAGCUGUGCUAUCACUAUUUUUAAGACAGAAAGGUUUGAGAAGUAUACUGGCUGCACGAAUUGCCAAUAAGGCAGAUGGUUUCAUUGAACACCUAGUUUCAAAGCUCCACAUUACUUACAGAUCACGAUAUGCUGAAGGAAGGGAGCUCAGCACACCGGAGAUUAGAGAUGCUUUGAUUCCAUAUCUGGAAGCCCUUUCUAAAGAACAUGGAGAUGGUUUGGUUGAGGUGGUGGAGAAUUUCCCCGAUCCAUUUGCUAUGGAACGGGAAGCCUUGUCUUCUUCAAUGGUUCUUACGCCCACAAGCUCAAAUAAACACAAGGCAAUCGCUCGGGUAAGCGCACCAACCUCAGGGGGAGCCCUUCCUGAGCUAGUUCUCUAUCUACUGGACCUUGGCAUGGAUCAUGAAGAGAUCAAGAAUGUCGUGCGGAAAUUCCCAGCAUUUGCAUAUUACAAUGUGGAUCGCAAAAUAAAACCUCUGGUGGCGCUGCUACUUGAGCUUGGUGUGCCAAGGUCAAACAUACCAGGAAUCAUCAAGAAGAGACCUCAGCUAUGUGGAAUCAGCCUGUCAGAUAAUCUGAAACCUAUGAUGACCUAUUUGGAAAACGUGGGUAUCAACAAAGAUAAGUGGAGCAAGGUGCUUUCCCGGUUCCCUGCACUUCUCACAUAUAGCAGGCAGAAGGUGGAGACAACCGUGAGCUUUCUCACUGAACUAGGAGUUCCUAAGGAAAACAUUGGCAAGAUUCUGACGCGAUGUCCUCAUAUCAUGAGCUACAGUGUCAAUGACAAUCUCAGGCCAACUGCUGAAUACUUCCAGUCAAUCGGUGCGGAUGCUGCGUCUCUUAUUCAGAAAAGCCCACAGGCUUUUGGUCUGAACAUUGAGGCAAAGCUAAAACCGAUCACAGAAUUUUUCCUGGAGAGAGACUUCACCAUGGAGGAAAUCGGCACUAUGGCGAAUAGAUUUGGGAUUAUUCACACUCUCAGCAUGGAAGAUAAUCUGCUUCCCAAAUAUGAAUAUUUCCUGACAAUGGGAUACCCAAGGAACGAGCUAGUGAAAUUUCCACAAUACUUCGGGUACAGUUUAGAACAGCGGAUAAAGCCUCGGUAUGCUCGGAUGAUUGAUUGCGGAGUGAGGUUGAUUUUGAACCAGCUGUUGUCAGUUUCAGAUAGCAGAUUUGAAGAUAUUCUACGGAAGAGGAUGGAUGGAAUAUGAGAUGGUCAUAAUUUCGGAUAACCAUGGUUUAGGACAAUCUCAUUUGUAACAAGACUUGAUCGCUGCCCUGGUAUAUAGUUUAUCAGAACAAGUAGUGUCCUGGAAAUUUGUACUUAGCCAUGCUUGGCAGCUGACCAAUUGUUAUUGACAGUUUGAUGUAUAACUUGGCGGUUUAUGAUGCUAGUUUAGCUAUUUUUGCA